ACGACAUCUAUAAACACAUUGACGCCAGUGCCAUGGCGACGUACGGAGUCAGUUUUGAGAGUUCAAACAGCAUCGAGAAAAGAAAAGAAAGUAAACGGAAGGCACGCCAAGAGGCGAUAGAAAAGGCCAAGCAAAAGUAUGAGAGAGAAGAGAGGAGGAAGGAGCUGAAGAGGCAGAGAGGGGAGGACACUUGGAUGCUCCCUGAGGUCAACCAGAAGCUGCAGCAGUUAGAGGAAGAAGGCUCUGUGAAGAGCAAGAAGAAGAAGAAAGAGAAGAAAUCUAAAAAGGAGAAGAAGAAGAAGAAGGAGAAGAAGACUGUAGAAGCGGGAAAUGGCUCAAGUGACAGCUCAGAGGACUCAGGGGAAGAGUGGGUUGAGGCUCAGCCUCAGACACGAGCAGCUAAACCUUGGCAGGUUUCUGAUGAGUCCAAACCUUCAGAGAGAAGCCUCAGCCCAGCCCAGAACGUCCAGAGAGAUGAAUGGAUGACAUUUGACUUCCUGGCCAUGAGCACCACAUCCACAGCAGAGAGGAGGGCUGAGAAGGAACGACAGAAAGAGGAAGAGAGGGCAAAGGCUCAGGCCAUUGAACAGGCUGGUUUGCACAAAUUGGAGCUGAAUCCAUACUGGAAGGAUGGAGGAACUGGUCUCCCCCCAGAAGAGGUGCCUGGGACUGCAGUAAAGAAAGGCUCGGCGGUGAACGAUGGAGGUCUGAGCUGGCUGCGGAAGAGCUACCAGAGGAUGAAGGAGCAGGCAGAGAGGGAGCAGCGCAACCUCAACGAUUUGGUGGCUGAGAGAUACGGAUCAGUGGAAGAAUUUCAGCAGAGACUUUCGGAGGCUGAGAAAGCCAUGUAUGGAGAGAGCAGAGGAGGAGGAGACGACAUGGCAAAAGGAGGCUGGAGGAAGAGAGGAGGAGAGGAGAGCAGGGAGAGAUGGAGGAGUAAAACAAGAGAUGAGGAAGACAGAGAUCGUUGGAGGAGUAAAACGAGAGAUGAGCAAGACAGAGAUCGUUGGAGAAAAAAUGAAAGAGACUCAUCACUUAGAGAGCGGUACCAUGCCGAAAGAGGAAAGGAGAGGGAGAGUGGGGGGUAUCGGGGAAGAGAGGAGGAGAGAGGCCGAGAUGGUGACAGGUACACAGAGAGGGAUAGGGACAGAAACACUGGGAUGGAAAGAGGUAAUGAAAGAGACCGAGAGAAGGACAAGGAUGGAGGUGGAGAAAGAGAUCAGUCCAUCAUUGCGUCCUCCUCAUCUGGGCAAAAUUGGAGUCAACGUUCCCUCUCACUUGGGUCACUAAAAGGCCGUUUCCUCAAACCCUCAGAAGAUAAUGAAAGCGGUGAAGCUCCACAGCAAACAGCUCUGCCAGCCCGAACCUCUACAGGAUUCCUGAAACCCGACUCUGAUAAUGAGGACUCUGGUAGUAGCAGUGUUCCAGCCAGGAAGAAGAGCAGCAAACCUACCUGUGAUUCUGACAGUGUGGAAAAGCCUCCGCAAGAGCACAAAAGGGAUGCUGGGAAAACUGGAAUCACUGCUCAACAUGGUCUGCAUAGUGACAAAGCUGCUGAGAUAACAUCAAGGAGUGAAAGUGAGGAGGAAGAAGAGGAUGAAGCUCCACUGCUGUCAGAGGAGGAGAUGAACAAACUGGGAGCCAAGCUGGUGAAGGCAGAGAUCUUGGGCAAUAUGGCCUUGGUUGAGAAGUUGAAAUCGCAGUUGGAUGCAGCACAGAGAGCCAAAGAGAAUCACGCCGUCCGAAAGAAGCUACAAGAAACUGCUAAAUCCAGCCAGGUCCCAAGUCGCUCUGCUGAAGACCAGGAGGUCCUGCUGUUCAGAACAGAUCAUUCAGGUCGGGCCUGGCCAGUCAAGGCUCCCUCUGGACCUCAAGAGCCCCAUGGAGGACGGCGGAAGAAGAAAUCGAUUGAGACCCAUGUGGACGGGCAGCGUAUGCGCUACUUUCAGGAUGAUGACAAUGUUGGUCUGCAGGAGAUGGUGAGAAGGGAGAAGAUGAGCUCUGCACAGGAUCAGAAUGCCCUCUACUCUCGCAUGGCUGCCAAGAUGAUGGGGAAGACGGAUGGUGACAACUACACGCUGGAUGACAUGUUUGUGUCGAGUGCAGCUCAGCGGGAGGGCGAGGGAAGGGAAGAGGAGAGGAUGAGGAACAGAGCCAUUGGUGAGAGCAGGAGGCUGGCUGCCUCAAUGGAGAAAUGCCACCACUGCUUCAGCAGCCAAGAGCUCCAAAAGCACCUCGUAGUGGCGCUAGGCAGCAAGGUGUACCUGAGCCUGCCUGCAGGAGUGUCGAUGACAGAGGGUCACUGUCUCAUCUGUCCUCUCCAGCAUCACUGCUCUGCCACCGGUUUGGAUGAGGAUAUUUGGUCAGAAAUUCAGCUGUUCCGGCGAACCUUGGUGCGCAUGUUUGAGUCCCAGGAGCUGGACUGUGUGUUCAUGGAAACACACAUGAACCUACACAGAAGACGACACAUGGUCCUAGAGUGUAUCCCCCUACCCCGAGAGCUGGGCGAUAUGGCACCCAUAUACUUUAAGAAAGCUCUUAUGGAGUGUGAUGAGGAAUGGGCCAUCAACAAGAAGAUUGUUGACCUCUCUUCAAAAGACAUCCGCCGAGCUGUUCCUCGUGGUCUACCCUACUUUGCUGUAGAUUUUGGACUCCAGGGAGGGUUUGCCCAUGUCAUUGAAAAUGAACAGAAGUUCCCCCAUUACUUUGGCAAGGAAGUGGUAGGAGGCAUGCUGGACUUGGAGCCACGACGUUGGAGAAAGUUGAUAAGAGAGAACUUUGAUGAUCAGAGGAAAAAGGUCCUGCAGUUCGCACAGUGGUGGAAACCAUAUGACUGCACCAAGACUGAGGGCUAGUUGAACACAUUCACAGACAGAUGCACACUUGUUUUUUAGUAGUAAGGACAACACAUACAAAUACAGAAACACUGUGGUUCCAAGUGCAGGAAUCACAUUUGGUGAACGUGGUAUAGACACUGUUAGACCCACAAAUUAAGAAUUUGAUGUAAAAUUCCCACUAGAAGUUGUAAUCUGAUAAGAUUUUUACCUACUGUAAAUGAAACUUAGAUAAUGUAAUUCUAUUUUGAUUCAUGUAUUUGUGUGUUACAUGCCAGAAGUCCUUUCAUGCCUCCUUUCCUUUACAUUGAAUAGCCAUCUAGAGCUAAAUGUCAUUCCCUUAUUAUGUAUUAAUACUAAAUAAUAAAAUAAUACUUAAACACUGUGGUUUGCAUAUAAGGUUUUCGCUUGGUUCAUAUAAUUAAUAAAACAAUGAAAUAGUAUAUAUGGAAAACUAAUACAGCAAAGUGUUUUAAACUUUUGAUUCUUCCCAGUAACUAUAUUUUGAUUAGAUAAUUUCAGGAGGAGUUCCCACAUUUGGAGAGCACCUGUUGGCUGCUUUUCCAUCACUCUCUGGUCCAACUCAUCCCAUAUCAUCUCAGUCAGGUUUAGUUUGAGUAACUGUGGAGGCCAAGUCAUUUAAUGCAGCAAUCCAUGACUGGCUCUCUUGGUCAAAUGCCACUUAGAGAUGUGUGGUCCCUCUUCUUCUCACUGGUUUCCUACAGUAGUGGUUUCUUUGCAGCAGCUCAACCAUGAAAGCCUGAUUGAUGCCGUGUCCUCCGAGUAGCCGGUAACAAGAUGUGUGUGCUACAGUAUGUGAGCUGCAGGCAGCAUUGAUGUGGGCUCUGAUCUGAGGCAAUAUUAACUGGCUGUUUCAGGGGUUGCUGCUUCUAAUGAACUCUGUUGUAGAGUUUCUGUUGAUCUUAGACACAUUAAUAAAUCAAGAAUUUCUACCAUUUAACUUUUGACAAAACACACCUGUUAAAUGAAAACCAUUCCAGGUGACAACCUCAUGAAGCUGGUUAACAUACUGUCAGUAGUGUGCAAAGCUGUCAUCAAGGCAAACAGUGGCUACUGAGAAGAAUCUAAAAUGGAAAAACUUUGCUUUAACAUUUUUUUCUUACUACAGUACAUAAAUCCAACAUAUUUCAGUUUUGUCCUCAAUAUUCUACAAUGAAGUACAGAUCAACUAUAGGAUGAGAAGGUGUGUCCAAACUAUAAUUGGUACUGUAUUUCAGUAUCAAAUAAGAAUCUAGAGCAGUGGCAGGUAAACGGACGUCUGGGUGCAGAUUGGGCCCUCCAAGAAGUUUUGGUCCCCAGACAAAAGCUCAGAAAUCCACUGUGGGUAACUAAAUAUUUGGUUCCAGAAAUCCCAGUACACAUGGCCUUGUAUCAGCAAUACAAUGCAGCUAGGGUACUCUCCAUUUGUUCAGGCUUCUUUUGCCAAUAGUGCCCUCCCCCGCUCCCCAGGUUUGGGGUUUAAUUUCCUAUGCUGAGGCCUCAUCAUCUUUUGCAGCUGUCGUUUAAGUGGUUUCAGUGUCAGAGCCAGGCAUGUCACAGCAACCCUCACACCGUGUCCAACGCCCACUUCUCUCAUGACUUGAGCAAUCAGCCACCUUGCCCCUGCAUGCAACCUCAACUUUAAUUUUUUUAACAUCUAUGCUUUUGGCUGCGAUUAGCUCAUCACUUCAGAAACCCACCUCAUUUCCAGCUUUCAUCUUAAACACCAUGCGGUGCAUGGGUGCAUUUGGUUAGUGCUGAGUUUGUGUGAAUCACAAAAGAUGAAGAUUUUGAUUAGCUUUUUAUAGCACAGUUUAUAUAUUUUGUCACAGGGGGAAAGGCUUUACAAUCAGCAUUUUAGAGACGGGGCUCUCCUUCAUGAAUCAGUCCCUCUUAGAAACCUAAAAGAGACGCUAUCUAGGAGAGUCACGGAAAUAGAUCAAUCGAUUCUGUAGCAGGAAAGUUGUUAAUAUAUGCUAUGAAGGAUAAUCUAGAAUCGUGCGGUGCAAUCUAAACCUUCUGUGAGUUCUAUUUGAUUACCCUUUGUCCCUUGUGACGUUAAUAUUUUUAACUCUCACUGCAGAAAGAGGACAAUCACCCUUGAGCUAUUUUUCAAUCCACAGGAAAGAGCUGUUGACUCUUGUAAUGCCUUGAACACUUUAACACUAGGGCCAUUUAAGUUGAUGAUAUAUUGUAGGCUUGCACUUAUUUUAAGUCACAUUGAACAAGAGUGAUUGAUAAAAGGAAACUUUUUUUUUUUAGAGGGGAUGGUCCUUUUCUUGUAGGAUCCAGAUGCCUCUUAGCAAGGACACAGGUACAUGGAGAAAAUUAAUUUCCCUAAGGAGGAACCAAUGUGUGUUGUUACUUAUCACCUUGGUAAGACCUGUUUCAAUGUCAAGAUCAACAGUGACCAUAGUGUCUGUGGCUAGACAGUCAAUGAAGUAUGGAUAAUUUAUUUGUAUGCAGCCAGUACAGAAAGUAUUCAGACCCUGUCAGGUUUUCCACAUUUUAUGUUUCAGACUCAUCUUUAUAUGGAUUCAGUUUA